CACUGUAUUGAAUGGAUUAAAAGAAACUGGUCGGUUAUGCUUGAAGUUGAACAAGUUUUAAAGUUUUCAGAAAACAACUCAAUUAGACGCAGAUUUUUAUUUCGUAAAUAACACCGUUAACAAUUUAUUUUCCUAGACAGACUUACAUGCAGUAAUAAUAAAAAACUAGACGUGAUAUAAUAAUCAGCGUACUAAAACGGUAUUAAUCGUCGUAAAGCGCGAGCUGCCUCAUAACUGAAACAUGCUAAAAGCGAUUAUCCUAAUUGGGGGUCCUCAAAAAGGUACCAGGUUCCGCCCCCUGUCAUUCGAGGUGCCCAAACCACUGUUCCCAGUGGCAGGAGUUCCCAUGCUGCAGCAUCACAUAGAAGCCUGUGCACAAGUUCCUGAUAUGAAAGAGAUCAUACUAAUAGGUUUUUAUCAGCCCAACGAUGAGCUAAACCGCUUCAUUUCUUCUGCACAACAGGAACUUAAAAUCCCAAUAAGGUACUUGCAGGAGUUCGCCGCCCUUGGUACAGGCGGUGGGAUCUAUCACUUUCGUGACCAGAUCUUGUCUGGGGGUCCUGCUGCAUUUUUCCUCAUGAAUGCUGACGUGUGCUCCGAGUUCCCCUUGCAGGAAAUGCUCCGGUUCCACCGUCAGCACGGCGAGAAUCAUUGUGGAGUCUUACUUGGAACUACAGCCAAUAGAACACAAUCUCUAAACUACGGCUGCAUUGUGGAAAACCAUGAGACAAAUGAGGUGCUCCAUUUUGUGGAGAAACCCAGUACUUUUGUAAGUGACAUUAUCAACUGUGGGAUCUAUUUGUUCACUCCGGAUAUUUUUGGCCAUAUUGGGGUGGUUUUCCAGAGGAACCAGCAGGAGAGGAUCCAGGAAGAACUCACUAAUGGCAAGCAGAUGCCAGAGGUGCUUCGGCUAGAACAGGACAUCUUUACAACCCUAGCAGGACAGAAAAAACUCUUUGUCUACAAAACACAGCAUUUCUGGAGUCAGAUCAAGUCUGCAGGGUCAGCAAUAUAUGCUAGUCGUUUGUACCUCAAGCAGUAUCAUCAGACACAUCCUGAAAGACUGGCUACAAACCAACAUGGAACCCCCAAAAUAAUCGGGGAUGUUUAUAUACACCCUACAGCAAACAUCGAUCCCUCUGCUGUGUUGGGUCCUAAUGUUUCCAUCGGCAAAGGGGUGACAAUUGGAGGAGGUGUAAGAGUGAGGGAGUCCAUUAUAUUACAUGGAGCCAUGUUACAGGAUCACUGUUGUGUGUUGAACAGUAUUGUUGGAUGGGACAGUACAGUGGGGAAAUGGGCAAGAGUAGAAGGGACUCCGAGUGACCCCAAUCCCAACGACCCGUAUGCCAAGAUUGACAGCGAGACUCUGUUCAGGGAUGGAGGUCUAACCCCAUCCAUCACCAUUCUUGGCUGCAAUGUGAAUAUUCCAUCGGAGGUCAUCAUUCGAAACUCUAUCGUCUUACCUCAUAAAGAUCUCAACAGGAGCUUCCAAAACCAGAUCAUCCUAUAGAAGACUGUCUUUCUGAAUAAACACUGAACAUUGGGUCAUGUAGAAAGUAUAUAGUCUAAAGAUUGCACAAGUAUUGUUUAUUGUUUAUCGUUAUUUAAUGUUUAAGUAUUUGAUGAGAAAAUGAGAGCCCACUUAUGCGGUUUGUAUUAUAGGGGGAACAAUAUGAUUCAAUGAGAUAUUAUAUUUUGUAUUUCAUAUAAAAAAGUUGAUACACCAGCCUUAUGCACAUACAGAUUAUAAUACAACACUAGAUUUUACUUUUAUUUUUGUUUUAUUACAGGAAUCACAUAUUUGUAAUUGCCUUUUGAGUAAAAUUAAGAAUGAGACAGAAACUGACAGAUAUGAAGACAUUUUUUUGGCAGGAAUGGAAAAGAUAAGGUUUAGUUUUUUUAACAAAAGAGAGAAAACAAACCAAAAAAAUGUUUUAAGAGUUUUAUGUUUGUUCCUGAAUUAUUUCUGUUCUCUGUUGCAACCAUGUAUUAAAAUCAUCUAGCAACAGAAAAACAGAAACAGAACAUUUGGAGUUUUAUGACAAACUGACAAGUACCCUGUGAGCGCAAAUUGAGCCUAAUGCGUCUGUUUUAAUUAAAAGAUUAGAAGAAUUUAA